AUGAAUAUUACACGUUGGCCUCAUGCAACACACCCUUCAAUUAAUCGUGCGCUUGACGAUUUUGCUUCAAUCACGGAUAAUCAUUGCUGCCUCCGUCUCAUCGCUUCAUUGGAGCCUCUCUUCAAGGCUUCAUUUGCAUUUUCCACGCGACGCCACCAGCCCCAAUUCACACAAACGACCGACAGACCGACAGACAAAAAUAAGGACCUAACGACCAACCUAAAGACCGACUGA